UUUUUUGUAGUACCGAGUGACCUGAAAUAUCAGUCUAUGAGUAACUUCCGUCUUCCAUCCACCAAAGAGUAUAAUAUCUAAUUAAUAAAGUUAAUAAUUAUUUUUUGAAUUGAAAUAUUAUUUAGUGUUUGUAUACUUUUUAAAAUUGUUAUCGUCUGCUACAAUAUAUGGUAUAACAUAGCUACUGGUCUGCAUACUUGUCUAAGCUCACUUUUUGUACCAAAAAAAUCAUUUUACCGAGUUACAAUGAUCAAGUCAAAAGCAACUUGUCUGUUACGGACAUACCUUUUGAGUGAUUACCGGACGAUUAGCUGCCGGCAAAUGAGUAUGAAAUCAAAGCCUGUUAAAAUGUCUUACACUUCAUAUGAGUCAGCAAGUGAUAGCAAUCAGGAUUCACCAUUGAUCAUCAUGCACGGACUCUUCGGGUCAAAAUCCAAUUGGAAUAGCUUGGCCAAAGCCCUUCACAAUUUAACAAGUAGAAAAGUCAUUACUGUGGACGCAAGAAAUCAUGGAGAUUCACCUCACUCAGAUGAACAUACGUACGCACAUAUGGCAGAAGACAUAAAAUUAUUAAUGGAUGAUUUAGGUUUGAAAAAGGCUUCGAUGAUUGGCCAUAGUAUGGGCGGCAGAGCAAUGAUGUAUUUUGCCAUCGUCUAUCCAGAUCUUCUAGAGUCUCUAAUACCAGUUGAUAUAUCACCGGUCAACAGUAAAGAGGUGACCGAUAUUCGAAGUAUUAUCGACGCCCUUACGAUGAUUGAUCUCGACUUCAAUGUACCCAUAUCGAAAGCUCGAUUAUUAGUCGACGAUCAAAUGUCCAACUCCAUAGAGAGUCCGGUGCUUAGACAAUUCCUUCUAAUCAAUCUUAUACGAGUGGAUAACCGCUAUAGGUGGCGUAUCAAUUUGUCGGCAAUAGACUCUAAUUUUGAUAAGCACAUAAGUCAAUUUCCACAAGUACAGUCGACAUAUACUGGACCGACUUUUUUUAUUGGUGGCGGUCUUUCUAAAUUUAUAAAACCAGAAGAUCACGACGAGAUACAAAAUAUAUUUCCUAAUUCAAAAUUUGCAUACAUAGAUGGUGCUGGUCAUUGGUUGCACGCUGAAAAGCCAAGUGAAUUUCUAAAACUAGUUACCGAUUUUCUAGCCACCCAGUAGUCAUUACAAGUUGUACACUAAAUAACGCUUUUGUAAUAAACAAAUUGUAAAGCA